CUCGACCGUCUCUCUCACUCAAAAUAACUCCAAACUCGUGUUCUCAAAUCUCAAACAAAACUCAACAAACUCUCUCCGACAAUGGGUUGCGCCUCCUCCAACCUCCUGAAUCAAAGCGAUGACUUUUCUAACCUCGCCGGCUGCCACCACCACUUCGUCAAGCUUACUUCCACCACUUACGGCCUUCUCAAUCUCGACCCUUUACCUCCGCCUUCUUCAAUCUCCUCCGUUAUCUCCGCACCAGCAACGCCGAUGACUCCGCCUGAGAGAUUCACCAUCGUCGGUAAGGACCCAAUAACCGUCAAGUCAGAGCCGGAGGUUAUUAACUUCUGGGAGCUAAUGUCUGGUCUCGAGCCCGAUACUUGCCGGUUCUCUCCUCUUCCGGUGAAAGGCAAUGUCUCCUCUGGCGAAGUAAACAAAGAGAACUCCGAUCCUAAUUGGAAAAGCCUUAGAAACCAAUCGAACAACGAGGACGUUCUGAAACCGCUAGAUCCGAAAUUCGCGGAGAUAUCGGAGAACCUCUUUCCUCCCCGCGGAGGAGUAGAUAACCGCGUUGUGAUCUACACGACGUCGUUGCGCGGCGUGAGGAGGACAUUCGAGGCGUGUAACACCGUGAGAGCUGCGAUCGAGAGCUUCGGUGUAGUGGUCUGCGAGAGGGACAUUUCGAUGGACAGAGGGUUUAGAGAAGAGCUGACGAGUCUAAUGGCCGAAGAGGGAAACGGAGAGCCUGUGCUGCCGCCUAGGGUUUUUGUGAAGGGGAGGUACAUCGGCGGAGCGGAGGAGGUGAUGACAUUGGUGGAAGAAGGUAUGCUAGGAGAUUUGCUGAGGGGGAUUCCGAGGAAGAAAGAUAGACGCGGUGGCUGCGACGGAUGCGGCGGAUUAAGGUUCUUACCGUGUUCUGAUUGUAAUGGAAGCUGCAAAGUGGUGGAAGGAUGGGGAACGGACGUCGUUGUAGUGAGAUGUAAUAAGUGUAACGAAAAUGGUCUUGUUCGUUGUCCGAUUUGCAGCUAAAUAUAGUAUUCAUCUCUCACACUGGAAUCAUUAGCUAGAACUACUACUAGUCUACUACUGUAAGAAAACUUUGUCAGUCGAUCUGUUUCAAGAUUAGCCUUAAUCAAGGCAAAGAUCUCACUCCAGUAGAGAUACUUUCUUGUUAGAUGGUUACAUAAAAUCAAU